AUGGCGGAACAAGUAUCCAGGCUCUCUUUCAAGAAGGCCAUAGUUCCCACGGUUCAGAAGGGGAUUUCAACUAAAGAGUUGCUAAACAGGCUUCAGACCUUGAGUGAUGAACUUUCCGCUGUCAAUCAAGAUAAUGUCGAUAUCGAGUCGUAUAAGAAGGUUUCUGCUGAUUUGGUUAAUAAGAAGCUAUUGAAAAACUCAAACAUCGGUAUACAGGCUUACGUGUGUUGUUGUAUAUCUGAUAUUUUGAGGAUAUUCGCUCCCGAUGCACCUUACACGGCGGGUCAGUUGACCAGUAUCUUUGAAGUAUUCUUUCUGCAAUUGAAGCUUUUGGGGGAGAAAGAGAAUCCGUAUUUCCUUCAACAAAACUACUUAUUGAAGAGAUUGGCUGAAGUGAAGUCGAUUAUUCUUAUCACUGAUUUACCAGAGUCAGAAGCGCUAAUCAGACUGUUAUUCCAUAUGUUCUAUGAGCUUUCUUCGAAAGGUUUCCCUUCAAGAUUAGAACCGCUUGUUUCAGAUAUACUUGCCGAAGUAAUUGGAGAAUCUGAGAGUAUCCCCAUGGAUGUUUUAAAAUUGAUCUUGAGCACUUUCUUGACAAAUUCCGGUAAUUCAUAUUCAAUCACAGCUAGUUCAAAUUCAAAUAUAUCGAGUCCUGGAUUCAAUUUCUCAUUGCACAUAUGUGAAGCAAAUGUUCACAAGAUGUCACGUCAGGUUACCCAGUAUUUUUCUGAAAUGUUAAAUGAAACUAUUAAUCCUGACUCAAACCAAGCAGACGCGUCUGUUAUUAAUGAAAAAGCCUUUAAAACUUUAGAAAAGAUCCAUUCAUUAUGUAUUCAAAUUUGGCGGUCUGUUCCCGAACUUCUUGGUUCCGUUAUGGGCUUGAUAAAUGAUGAGUUGAAUACCGAUAAUGAAAAGAUCCGAGUCUUGGCCACUACUACUAUAGGAAGUAUGAUUGGCUCUUCCUCUGAUGUUGACAAUACUGCUGGCUUCACUAUUGCUCAUAAGUCUACUUGGAUCAACUGGUUAAGUAAGACAAUGGAUGUUUCUCCGUUGGUAAGAGCGAAAUGGGUUGAACAAUUGCCGGAUAUUAUUAAUGGAGCAAAAUCAUCAUCUUCAGCAAUAACCCUUGAAUUAAGGAAUGGUUUAACAAAAUGCCUAGUUGAUGCUAAUGACAAAGUUAGAUUCAUCGCUUGUAGGAGCGUUGAAAGAUUGAACUUUGAAGUGUUUACUAGUGUCAUUUGCAGUAAAGUUAUUAUGAAUACUUUUUUCAACUUGAUACGUGAAAAAAAUGCAGAUAUAAGGAAAAGAGCAAUCAGAAUUUUAAGUGAUAUUUACGACAGAUAUUAUAACUCCGUAUCCAAUAAUGUUGUUAUUAACUUUGGGGACCAUAAGGAAGAAGAAAUUUCUGAGUUAGAAAGUAUGAUUUCUGAAGGUAUCCCGAAUCACAUUCUUGCAUUGAAUUAUAUCAACGAUAAAGACAUUACCAUGUUUGUUGACAUCAUUCUUUCCGAAAAGCUUUUACCUUUUGAAGUAAAUACUAUCAAAAGAGUCGAUAGAUUGGCUCAUUUUUAUAGUAGCCUUAGUGACAAGAGUAAAGCCUCAUUCACGGCUAUUUGCAAAAGGCAACAAAAGCAAGCAGAUGCUUUACAGCAUCUCAUUUCUUUAGGAGAAGAAUAUGCUAAACUUACAUCUACAAAUGAUAGCAUCACAAAUAAGGAAAAUAUCAAGCAAACUAGAAAGUCAUCAGAUGAUGAUGAUGAUGCUCCAUCGGUGGAAGCUAGGAAAACUACUAUUAUCAAUAAGCUUGAAAAAAUCAUGAAAUGGAUUUCCGUUAGUUAUCCUGUUGGUUUAAACACUCAUUCUUGUCUUGAUAGAUUUGUCAAUUUGAAAAACUAUCGUUUUUUUAACUUGGUUAAGUUCUGUAUUUCACCUGAAUCUGAUUACAAAACGAUUAAGAAUUCGAUUAAAGAGUUACUUACUAAGCUCAAUGAUCCUAAAAAUAUAAAGUCAGAGGACAUUAGAAUCAGUGUAACUACUGCUGAUAUGGUUUCUAAUUUUAAAAUUUUAUUAUACAGAGCAUCAACAAUUAUCUAUAACAAGGCUAAUGUUGCAGAAUUGAUCAACUAUUCCAAAGAUUACAAGCAUCAAUGGUCAUCAGUAUCAAACGAGCUCCUCGAGAAUAUAUCUUCGAUUGUUCCAGAUGUUUUCAAAUUUCAUAUCAAAAGCUUAACCGAUCUCAUAAUUACAGGUGAACAGCAAAAUGAUUCGGGAUUCAACCCUAGGGCUAAUAAUCUUCGUACUAUAUAUCAUUUCAUCAAGAAAUUUCCAGACUGCUUUCCGAAAGAAACUGAUUUCGUCGAAACUUUGAAAUCAAUUGCCACAACUGGUACCCCCAGAGAAGCUAAAUAUUCGAUUAAAAUUUUAGGUUUGAGUCAAAGAAAAGAAUUUUAUGCUUCUGAAAUUGCAAAUUCAAUAUUUCCGUUAGAUCUAGAUAAUAGAAAUUUGUGCACCCAUUUAUCAAGUAUUGCAGAAAUAUACUUGGUUGAUUCCUUCGCAGUGGAAACUUUUACUGACGAUAUAAAUACUUUACUAAUUGGUAGUAUAUUGAGAAGUAACAGAUUGGAUAAAGACCAAGAAGCCGAUUUCGCUGAUGAUGUGUGGAUUGAUGAUAUCAAUCUAGACCAAGAUUAUCAAAAAUAUUCUGUGGUGAAUGAAAAAUUGCUAACGAUUAGGAUUUUCGUUAAUAGAAUCAGAGCACUUGCUAGCAGCUCUGAACAUUCUCAAUCAUAUACCAGUGAAGGGUCAUUGAGAGAUGUCAUAGCUAAACCUUUGAAAUUGUUGACUGUUAUAAUUGCAAGCAGUGGAGAAUUAAUAAAACAAACGCCAGACACCAAGAAGACACCUGAGUCCAUCAAACAGAAGCUUAGGCUAUAUGCGGGUUACUAUAUACUUAAGUUGGCCAAAUAUCCAAACCUUCAACUGUAUAUUACACAAGAUGUCAUCAAUAGGUUAUCUGGAUUACUUCACGAUGAAAAUGAAAAUAUCCGUGUUGAGUUUUCAAAAAAAUUAGAAACAAACUUAUGGAAUGGUCAACUUAGUGAAAACUUUUUACAUUUGAUAUUUUUGAUGGCUCUUGAACCUAAGUCUUCUUUGAAGAACCAAGUCACAACUUGGAUAUUGUCUAGUCACAAAAGAUGUAUCGAACAGAAGGAUAUUAAAUUUGAGAGAGUCUUAACCAGAUUGAUUCAUUGCAUUGCUCACAAUGAUACAUUUAAGAAGUUUAUGAGUGAUGAGACUGAAAGUUAUAACAAGCGUCAAGUCAAGGCUUAUACAUACGCUUUAGAAUUGAUCAUGUUUUAUUUGAAUACCAUUGCAAAACAAGAUAAUAUUUCUUUAUUAUAUUAUUUUGCAAGUAGGGUCAAGCAAUAUAGAGAUGCUACAAUUGAUCAGUCCUUAUACAAGGAAGAUACUUUCUCUGAAGCUGUUUUGAAUACAUAUCGUAUUGCUGAAUUAUGUCAGUUGUCUAUACAAGUUCUAAAUGAAUCGAAGCGUUGGAGCAUGCAAACUUGGCCAGGUAAAAUAAAAUUGUAUGCUGAUUUGUACUCGCCAAUGGAAAGUUAUGAAGAAGCCCAAAAAAUCAUUUCUACUGUUUAUCUUGAUGAUGGAACCCAAGCUGAGUUGCGAUUUAUUAUCAAGAAGAAGUUGAACCAAAGCUCUAAAAGGAAGCUGACAAGUUCGAAUGAACCUUCAAAACCAAAGAAAUUGAAAAAAGAUAAGGUUGAGGUGGCUCCUUCUAGAAAGAGUACCAGAUCGACUAAUAAAGUGAGUUACACAGAAGAACCAGGCUCUGAUAGUGACGAAGGGGCAUCAGAGGAUGACUCUCUGGAGUGA